AUGUCCUAUCCGCCACCUCCAGGUCUCAACCAGACACCCGCCUCACUUCCACCCCGUCCUCCACCUUCUAGCAAUGGUUCUAAACCAGCAGGCUACAGCGCAUUCACGGCCUUUCAGCCACGCGCCGUAGCUUCUACCCAGUCGCAGACACAGCCAUAUCGCACUCAAAGCCCGGCCGUCGCAACGCCGCCUGUCUCGACUGCUCCCUACGCGUCCCCUGCAACCGGCUACGGUGCUUACUAUCAGCCACCCCAGCCACACGUACAGACCUACCAGGCGCCUCAGACGUAUCAGUCGCAACCUCAAUCCUACCAAAGCGGGCCUCAGUACUAUGCCCCCAGCGUGCCGCAGAUUCAGAAUCCCUUUGGACCCACGCCCAAUCACAAUCAACCCCCGCCCCAUGGCGCUCAUGCGGCAUAUGUCAACCCUGCCGAUGAAGCGGCCAAGCCGCAGGGUCCAAAUGCCGGCACUCCGUCUGUUGCCAGCACCCCAAUCCCGAUACCCACACCACAGGCAGAACCGCAGGUCACUGUCACCCGGUCGGGGGGUGGCCAGCAGUGGACCGACCCAACCUUGUUGGAAUGGGACCCAGCCCACUUCCGGCUGUUUGUUGGUAAUCUCGCUGGCGAGGUGACUGACGAUUCGUUGCUGAAGGCAUUUGCCCGCUACUCAUCCGUCCAAAAAGCCCGUGUCAUUCGUGAGAAACGAACGCAGAAAAGCAAGGGCUAUGGCUUCAUCAGCUUCAGCGAUGGAGAUGAUUACUUCAAGGCAGCGCGUGAGAUGCAGGGCAAAUACAUUGGAUCUCACCCCAUCCUGCUGCGCCGUGCCAAUACAGAGGUCAAACCGGUUUCGGUGAACAAGAACCAGCGAAAGAAUCACGGUGGUGGUUCUGGUGGUGCUGGCGUCGCACGAGGAUCGGGAGCCAAGGUGAAGCAAGACGGCGUGAAGAAGUCUGGGAAAACCAAGGGAGGCCUCAAGAUUUUGGGCUGA